AUGUUCGAUAUAACUAACACCGUGAAGAUCCUGGAGAAGGGAUGGCGCGAUGUGGGCUUUCCUCGCCUCCUUCAGCAUGUCCUCUCCCACGAAUCCCCCACCGAGCAGAAACUUCACCCAGGAACCUUGAGCACGAGUCUUGAGUCUUGUUCUUUCGUGUUUGGGACAAAACCCGAACUUAUUUCUCCUCCUCCUGAGGGACAUAACCAUGGGGGAUUCAAAUGUCAGGACAGCGAGGCUCGGAGUUGCCUAGCUGUAGCAGCAGCUGCUUAUCUGUACUCCUACAAGUCGGAGAAGAAAUUUGUGGUGCUGAUCUCGGAUAACGAGAUCAAAGAGCUCUUCAAGGCGACACUGAACAUACUUCAUGGGUCAACAAUGAGCGAAGAGACACAGAUCCACCAUCCCAAAGAUUAUCGAGGGUGCGAGCAUUUCCUGGUGAUGUGCGUAGGGGUUGAGGACUCGUGGGUGGUGGAUGGGAUCUCCCGGGCCAUCCGGACUCUCGUUAUUGUCGACGGGGGGAACCAUCCGGCUGCACAAAGCCGGAUUCGACUGUGGCAGGAAAUGAAGAGAAGAGGCUUCCUCAUCGAAAAACCUGGAUCAUUCUCCAAUGCUCUUGCCUCCCUCUCUGAUAAUCAUUGGAAUACAUUGUACCAGAAGAGACCCUCCCUCAAGUUAGUUGGAGAAUACAUGAAGUGUCUUGGCUUUGUUGAAGGGGGCCUUAUAGAAGUUAGCAACUUCACUGUGGAUGGAAGUGAAAUU